AUGGGUGGCGUGGCGGCCGACCCGUUUCGCGUCGAUUCUCCGGAUGUAGCGUUCUGCGCUCGCCACGUGUUCUUAAGUGGCAACCGAGCGCAAUUGGGCUUUGAGUCGGCCCAUGGACUGUUCUUAAGCCCGGGCCGGACUCCGGAGAAGGGGAAUUCGGUGGGUGCAUUUACAUUUUAUGGACUGAUGCAGACGUCCAUCUUGUGGGGUCAAAAUAUCUGA